UGGCUGCGCGCAUUGAUUGCCAAGAUUGACAGCGGCUCUACGCACCAUCUUCUUCUUCUACUUGUCUUGAGAGAUAGCGAGAGGCGAUACAACAAAAGGUAGUUGUAGUUUUGGACAGUUCACUCAUGCACGCAGUGUUCACAGUCAAGUCAGUCAGUGAGCCUACGGGAUCCCCUCAUAUGGCCCCGUGUUAAGCAGUCUUAAGUUUUUUCCGCUCAAUAGAUACAAUCAAGUGAUCGCUUUUUGCAAAGUCGUCUUAGUCUUUACACACGGAGGAAAGGACGCACAUCUACGACUGUGACCAACAAGGAUCGGACCUUUGGUGGUGGCUUGAACAUUUUUUCAGUAUUUGAGAAAGAGUGCGUUACCCACCUGGACCCCAGCAUAACACACAGACUCUGUGACGCUCAUGAACCAGUCACUUACAUGAAUUCACAAUCAACCGACCAGUGAUCGCUGGAAGCCGGGGAUUGAGUCUUUCAGUUUUUAACCCCACACGCUGACAUGGAGGGCUAUCUACGUAGCAGCUUUUUACUGAGCCGAGUCAUGUCUUCCAAAGCAGCCACGUCUCCCUUUGCUUCGGUGGUGGAUGGAGAAGACCCCAUGAACCAGGAGCACUUGUCCUGGGAGAAAGACGAUAGUGCUGAGGCCCACUGCACUCCACAGCUGCCCCUGCACAAUCUCCUCCAUGGAAAAGGCCACCCUGAAGAGGUACAGCCUCUCAGCAGUGUGCCACCAGAGAGCGACUGGGACAGCCUGCUGUCUGCACAGCAACGGAUGGAAUCUGACAGCAAUAAAGUAUGUUCCCUGUACUCCUUCCGGAACAAUUCCACUUCCCCGCACAAGCCGGAGGAGGGGGCCCGGGAGCGAGGCGACCUGCUGAGUGGAUCGGCCUUUGGCACUCCGGAGCGACGCAAAGGAAGCCUGGCCGACGUCGUGGAUACGCUGAAGCAGAAGAAACUGGAGGAGAUGACAAAGACAGAGCAAGACGAAUCGUCAUGCAUGGAGAAACUUCUUUCUAAAGACUGGAAGGAAAAGAUGGAACGACUCAACACAAGUGAGCUUCUGGCAGAAGUCAAAGGUACUCCGGAGAGCCUGGCGGAGAAGGAGCACCAGCUUUCCACUAUGAUCACGCAGCUCAUCAGCCUGAGGGAGCAGCUCCUGGCCGCUCAUGACGAGCAGAAGAAACUGGCCGCUUCACAGAUGGAGAAACAGAGACAGCAAAUGGAGCUAGCCCGCCAGCAGCAAGAACAGAUUGCAAGACAACAGCAGCAGCUUUUGCAGCAGCAGCACAAAAUCAACCUCCUCCAGCAGCAGAUCCAGGUCCAGGGUCACAUGCCUCCACUCAUGAUCCCCAUUUUUCCACACGACCAACGCACUCUGGCAGCAGCAGCCGCUGCCCAGCAAGGCUUUCUCUUCCCUCCAGGAAUGUCUUAUAAGCCAGGUGAUAACUACCCCGUGCAGUUCAUUCCAUCCACAAUGGCAGCUGCAGCAGCGUCAGGACUCAGCCCCCUCCAGCUUCAGCAACUGUAUGCUGCCCAGCUUGCCAACAUGCAGGUCUCUCCUGGAGCCAAGAUGCCUCCACUCCCCCAGGCUCUCAAUGCUAGUGGGCCCAUCUCCCCCUCCUCUCUGAAGAACGACAAGAGCUCCUCCAGCCCCAUCACUCAAGUCAAGGAGGAAGGAACACAGCCGCUAAACCUGUCGGCCCGGCCAAAGACCACAGAGCUGGUCAAGUCCCCCACAUCCCCGACACAAAACCUGUUUCCCGGCAGUAAACCCAGCCCCAACAGCCUGCUGGGUAAAGGAGGCAUCCCCAGUCCUCUCGGGGGAGGCAUGGGCAGAGCUUCGUCUCUAGAUAUCCUCUCUAGUCUAAACUCCACAGCAUUGUUUGGGGACCAGGACACAGUGAUGAAGGCCAUCCAGGAAGCUCGAAAGAUGAGAGAGCAGAUCCAGAGGGAGCAGCUGCAGCAUCACCAGCAGGGCAUGGAGGCAAAGCUGUCUGCCCUCACCUCAGUGGGCCUCAACAACUGCAGAGACAAGGAAAGGGCACACUUUGAGAGCAUUGGGCAUCACCUCAGCAAACUGAGUGAGGAGGGGAAAAUUGGCCACAGAGUUAUUGACCUCACCAGACCAGAGGAUCUUGACGGAGGAGCUGGACCUACAGAAGCUCGAGUCUUCAGGGAAUCCAGAGGCAGAAACAACAAUGAGCCUCACAUCAAGAGGCCAAUGAACGCUUUCAUGGUGUGGGCAAAAGAUGAACGAAGGAAAAUUCUGCAGGCCUUUCCAGACAUGCACAACUCCAACAUCAGCAAGAUCCUAGGUUCUCGAUGGAAGUCAAUGUCAAACCAAGAUAAGCAGCCAUACUACGAAGAACAGGCUCGUUUGAGCAAGUUGCACCUAGAGAAGUACCCAAACUACAAGUACAAGCCCAGGCCUAAGAGAACCUGCAUUAUUGACGGGAAGAAAUUGCGCAUUGGAGAGUACAAGCAGUUGAUGCGUUCACGCCGACAAGAAAUGAGACAGUUCUUCACUGUGGGACAACCACCGCAAAUCCCCAUCAGCACCAGCGCCAGUAUGGUCUACGGUCCCGGGGCUGUUACCAUGGCGACCACCACACCCUCACCUCAGAUGACAUCGGAGUGUUCGAGUGCGUCGGCGAGUCCGGAGCCCUCCAUCCCCGUCAUCCAGAGCACCUACAACAUGAAGCUAGAGCCCAACCCAAUGUCAGUGAACAACAGUGAGGUGGUCAACGGUGAAGAUGACAUGGACAUGUAUGAGGACUUCGAGGAUGAUCCCAAAUCAGACUAUAGUAGUGAAAAUGAAACGCAGGAGCCAGUGAACACCAACUGA